AUGAACAGGUCGGUGUUCAGGUUUGCGAGGUACUUUUCGACUAAGAAGGUGCCAACAAGUGUCACUGUUAAUGGCCAAACUUAUGCCACCGACAGCUGGACCAAUGUGCCCGCAAGUAUCGUGGCCUUGACGGAUCGUCAACUUCAUCUGGACCAAAAUCAUCCAAUUGGAAUACUACGAAGUCUAAUAGAAAAUUCGUUCAAAGGUAUGGGAUACACUUUCUAUAAUAACUUCAAACCAGUGGUUACAACGUUUGAAAAUUUUGACGUUUUGGGAUUCCCAGAAAAUCACCCAGGAAGGUCAAAGUCAGACACCUACUACAUCAAUGAAAAAACACUGUUGAGAACGCAUACCUCCGCCCACGAGCACGAAUGCUUCCAGAAAUGCUCAACUCCCGGUUAUUUCAUCUCUGCUGAUGUUUAUAGACGAGAUGAGAUUGACAGAACGCAUUAUCCGGCUUUCCACCAAAUGGAAGGUGCUCGUAUCUGGAGUCGUUCAGAGCUCGGGGAUUCAUUGCAUGAAAAAUUACGCCAGGACAUAGCUUCCAUUCCAAAAGUUGACAUAAUAGUGGAAGAUCCAAACCCUGCUUUCAGUGAUGCAACAAAUCCAAAACAGUCUUACAUGACUGAUGUUGAGACGGAUCUGGUAUCUCAACAUCUGAAAAGAACCCUUGAACUUCUGGUCAACCAGGUCUUCAACGAGGCCAAAAAAUCUGCGAAGUUGGCAGGAUCCGAAGAACCAUACUUGAACGAACCAUUACGUGUCAGAUGGAUAGAAGCUUAUUUCCCUUGGACAGCUCCUAGUUACGAGAUUGAGGUCUGGUGGAAGGGAGAAUGGUUAGAGGUCUGCGGCUGUGGAGUCGUGAGAGAACAAGUUCUGACGAAUUCUGGUAUUGAAGACACCAUUGGUUGGGCUUUUGGUGUUGGUCUAGAUCGAAUUGCUAUGCUCUUGUUUGGUAUUCCCGAUAUUAGAUUGUUCUGGACUCUUGAUGAGAGAUUUAGCUCGCAAUUUACUAAAGGCUCGAUCACUACUUUCAAACCGUAUUCCAAAUACCCAGGAACUACUCGUGACGUUUCUUUUUGGCUUCCGGAUACCGACAAACUACCUCUGCACGAGAACGACUUGAUGGAGAUUGUCAGAGACACAGCUGGUGAUUUGGUAGAAAGCGUCAAAUUGGUGGAUCAGUUCGUGCACCCCAAAACUGGUCGUAAGAGCCAAUGCUACAGAAUAAACUACCAAUCUAUGGACCGCUCACUAACAAACGAUGAAAUUAACGUUUACCAAGAGAGGGUAAGAGAUAUUUUGAGUUCUACCUACGAAAUAGAACUCCGUUAG